AUGGAAGUGGCAGAGGUUCCUGACGAUCUUGACGGAGAUGGCGGCGCGGGCAUUGAAGGUGUGCAGCACCUGGCCAAAGGCCUAGUCCGAUACGCCUUGUCGUGUGAGCAUUCACGUCGGCCCAUUAAGCGGCAAGACAUUAACGAAAAAGCAACAGUGCUUGGUGCUCAAACCCGGCUGUUCAAACAAGUCUUUGCGGAAGCCAACAGCCAGCUCAUGGACGUGUUUGGAAUGCAAUUAGUCGAACUACCAAAGGCCGAACGAGUAACACUGCGGCAAAAGCGCGCAGCAGCAGCCGCAUCUCUAGCAUCGGAUUCCCAGUCAAAGUCAACCAGCGUAUGGGUCUUGCAGAGCAUUUUACCCAGCCAGUACCGCAUACCUGAGAUUGUGGGUCCAUCACGGCCACUUGAACAGGGUAUGCCAAACAAGGAAGACGCCUACGUUGGCUUGUACACUCUAACUAUCGCUCUCAUUACCAUUUCCGGGGGCAUGAUGCCAGAAGGCAAGCUCGACCGCGCUCUCAGGCGCAUGAAUGCAGAGCAAACCACGCCCGUGGGUAGUAAAGACAAAGCAAUAGCUGCCAUGGUUAAAGACGGGUACAUUGUGCGUGUCAAGGAAACUUCGGGCGCAGGUGACGAGACAGUCGAUUAUAUCGUCGGCCCUAGAGGCAAGGUCGAGGUGGGACGUGAUGGUGUCGCUCAGUUUAUACGAGCGAUGCAUGGCCAGGUUGAGGAUGAGGAUGAGGAUGAGCUUGAGAGGCGGAUUCAGAGGACUCUUAAUGUAGCUGAUGCACAUCGCAACAGUGCACCUGCGGCGGAAGCGAAUUGA